UUUGUUCAUCCCCGCAGAGCGUGGAUGCCUGCGAACUAGAUUGUCCCCAUACAUGGUUAAGACAUUUUACAAUGUCGAAACAGUAUCUAUCCUGCGGUUCCGCAGAUAAUGCACACCCUACUGAUAUCUUUUCAUUGGCUAUAACCAACAAGCAGAUUAUAUCGGCUUCUGGUGUCUCUGCUCUCAAGAUUCACUCGACCGCUGACCUUGAUUUCCCGUUAGUACAAUCAAUCGAUGAAGCCCAUAAACUUGGGUGUCAUCAUGUUGUAACUGAUGGCAGUGGGUCGAGAUCAGUGAGUGUUGGUUUUGGUGGUGAGAUCAGGGUUUGGUCCUGUCAUGAUGGAACCUGGUCCGAAAAUAAGACAGCCUCAGCUGGUAGCGCAGGAUCCACUGAUACUUGGGCAAUUGCGUUGUCAGACGAUGGCCAGUAUCUUGCCGGUGUAAGCCAAGAUGGGCACAUUCGAGUGUGGGAUUUGGAUGCCAAUGGCGAACAAAUACGUUAUUAUGAGACCAAAGGUAGCUUUGGUACUUGCAUAGACUUGUCGGCAGAUGGCCGCUUCAUAGCUAGCGGGCAUGAGAAUGGCAGCGUCUAUAUCUUCAGCACGGAAACAGGUCGUAUGCCGUUCAGCUUGUCAGGCCUAGUGAAGCCCGUGCGAGCUGUUGCAUUCUCCCCCGGGGGAAAGUUUCUUGCUGCUGGUGGAGACUCCAACGUGAUCGUGUUGUAUGACACUUCAUCUGGCGAGCAGGUGGCCAAUCUCCCAGGGCAUUCAGCAUGGGUCUUGUCGCUUUCUUGGAGCCACACGGGAGAAUAUCUUUUAAGCGGAUCAUUCGAUGGAAAAGUGAAGGUCUGGUCGAUCGAUACUAGAACAUGUGUUGCAACGCAUUCCGAAACGGAGAGAGCCGUUUGGAACGUCAAAUGGCUACCGAAUAUUGGGAAGUCAGAAGGGUUUGCCACGGCCGGGGCAAGCCGCAGCAUAUCAUUCUACAGGGAAGCUACAGGCGGUUGAUUUGUUGACAAGUGCAAUCCAUGAGACUUAGGCAUACUUCUGCAGAUGUCUCAAUAACAGAUCGAGUAAAUUUCCUGUUGACUGCUUAGAGAACUUUAUACUUUUACCUUUCUUAGCAAUGCAUUUGUCUCGGCUACACCAGGC